AUUGAAGCUUUCAUCCAUGUGCCAAUUAAAGAGGAUAUGGCACAGUCAGCUCCACGGACAGUCCUUCUACAAACUUGCAUCCCUCACUGUUGAACUUUGUGAAAAUUUGUCACAUGUUUUUUCGUCAAAUUCAAUUGAUAUGUUGCAGAGCUUGAAUAAAAUUAAGGCAGUUGGGUGUCCCUCCUUGGAAGUAUUAUUUGAACCCAUAAAUCUCAGCGCUGAGAAAAGGCAAAAGCCGUUGGUCCUCCCUGCAUUAAGAGAAUUGACAUUGUUGAAUCUAUCAAGGCUGAGAGACAUUUUGGAGAGUGAUUGCAAAGUCACCUUGGCAUUUCCUAGUCUGAUGGAAGUGAACGUGAGGGGUUGUCACAGUUUGCCAUAUCUCUUCUCAAGUGCCAUGACUGAAAUUCUCGAUAAACUUGCGGUGCUUGAUGUUUCCUGUUGCAACAACCUACGGGGCAUAAUUGCGAUGGAAGAAGGAAAAUGGAAAACCUCAGAGACUUUGAAGUUCCAUCAGUUAAGCACACUCAAGCUUGGUGACCUUGAGAAUUUGAUCAGUUUUUGCUUAGUGAGUUGUGCUAGUGAUGGGUUACAACCUCUAUUUGAUGAGAAGGUUAAGUUUCCUAAUAUAGAGUCGAUGGAGAUCUCGCACAUGAAUAACUUGGAGAAGAUAUGGCUUGAUGAUCUUGCUUCAAAUGCCUUUAACAAACUCAAGACACUAGUAGUGAAGUAUUGUGAGAAACUUUCAUCCAUAUUUUUAUCUUAUACUAUGCUCACAAGAUUUCAAAACCUAGAGAAGAUAAGUGUAACCGAUUGUGGGUCCCUAGAAGUGGUAUUUCACGUCCAAGAGUUCAAUUUUAGCAAAGCUCGUCCUACAAGCACUUUUCAAUUGAGAGAAUUAGUUCUAAUGCGGCUCCCAAAAAUGAAGCAUGUGUGGAGUGGACAUCCUCAAGGAGGUCUUACCUUUGGACGCUUACGAUGCAUGAAGAUUGUUGAGUGUGACAUGCUCAAAAGUUUAUUCCCAAACUCGGUGGCAAAAAGUAUGACACAACUCGAAGAACUUUUAGUAUGGGAGUGUGGGGUGCAAGAAAUUAUUGUGGAGGAAGACAGAGUAGAGAUGAAUGCAAGGGAUCUCUUCUUUCCGCGAUUAACUGAUCUCAAAUUACUUGAGUUGCCGGAUUUGAGGAGCUUCUACAGGAAUAGUCAUACUUCAACACAACCACUCUUGAAGAAAUUGCGAGUAAGACAUUGUGGCAAGAUGAGGUCAUUCUCAUUUACUUGUGAAUACCAAAGCUGUCGAGGUACAAGUACCAGUGAGAAUCAACUUGCACUCUUUUCUUUUGAAAAGGUCAUGCCAAACUUGAAGGGAUUGACAUUGAUGAGCGGGGAUGUUAUAAUGAUGACACUGCAGCACCAUUACGUCUUUCGCAAUCCCAUAGAGCUGGACUUGGCAUGCUACCAUGAUGAGAAUGUCGCUUUCCCCUCCAACUUCCUCCUCCACGGAUUCCCCAAUCUAGAAGUGCUUUCUCUGUCCUGUAGUUCCUUUGAGGAGAUAUUUCCAGAAGAUGCGUGUGGACAUGGGGGAGCAACUUUCUACGGAGAGUCAACUGACAUGGAAACACCUCUCAAGGCACUCAAAAAUCUGUGGCGACUUGAGCUGAAUAAGCUGUGUAAACUCCAGCGAGUCUGGAAAGAUGGCUCCUUGAUGGCUGAAAUCCUUAAACAUAUUGAAACUCUGCUCGUUUCGGAGUGCUCAAGUUUAUCAAUCGUACUUCCAUCCCCGACUACAUUCCAGAGAUUGGUGGGAUUAGAAGUAGAGGAUUGUGCUAGUUUAGUUCAUGUGGGGACUUGCUCAGCAAUGACAAGUCUGGUGCACCUUAUUUGGCUAACGCUAAGAAAUUGCGAUGCGAUGGAAGACGUGGUAACAGAUGAUGGAAAUGGAGUAGAGGAGAUCUCUUUCCCCAAGCUGCAGCUGUUGACACUUGAUGGUUUACCAAGCCUUGAGAGCUUCACCCCCACUGAUUGCACCUUCAUGUUCCCAUCAUUGUGGCAUAUUAUUGUGAAGCAGUGCCCAAAGAUGAAUAUAUUCUGCAAUGGUGCCUUGAGUACACCAAUAUUACAUAAAGUACACCUCUCCGAUGAGGAUUAUGAAGGACGUUGGGAGGGGGAUCUUAAUACCACAAUCCAAUUCUUAUCGACAUGAAGCAAUCCACGUUGAAUUCACUGAGUCAGGUGUCAUGCUCGCUAUGCUACGAUCAAAGUGGCCGCUUUUAUUUGCUAGAAACUGUCUUUGUAGUAAGACGUUGAAGCAAGUAUUUUGCAGCCUGUGCACUAAUAAUGUUCCAGCACAAGGUGUUGUUGCCUCUCGAUAUGGCGUCCAUGUGCUGACAAGUGGUGUUCACAGUGGGCAGGUGCUUCAUUGAAUAUCUCAUUCCUUUUCUAGUUUGGGAUGUCCGCUCAUUUCCUUGAUAAUGGUACAAAUGUAGCAGAAUGGUUGAGUAAAUAAUCAAUUGAAUGUGGGGGUACUCAAUCUUCCAUUGAAUUGUAUAGAGAUUUUGUAUGAGUGUUGGCUUUUAGGCAGCCUCAUUUAGCAUCAAGAGUUUCUUUGGAGUUGGCCCAUUUGGAUGAUGACAAUAGUGGCCAUACACUGACCAGAAGGGGAAGAAAUCCAAGAAUCCAAUUAAGCACGUCCUUCAAGAAGCGCACCAGAGCCUACAUGGAGCCAUUUACACUAGAUGUUUUCAUCUCCUAGCGCUUCGUCUCAGCUUCACUCGCUCACUUAUAGGGUCACGUGCAAGCAGGUCGCUGUUGCAGGUACUAAUAGGACAUUAGAGCCGUGCUCAAGUCUCAAUCGAACACACCAGCAUGUUUGGCCACAGGCUGGGCUUUGGCAGACUGGGGAAGAGAAGCUGAUGAGUGCACUGCUUUCCAUACUGCAACAGCAAGGGACAAGUUUGAAGGAAAAAUCCGAACGGUAGUUCAGUCUCUGAUUGACAUUGGCAUCGAUUUAUCUUGAGUGAUUUUCCCUGCUUGAGCAUGAUCUUGCUUAUGUGCACAGCUCGUUAUAGGAAUGUACAGACAUCUUUGACAUUGUUUUGAGAUACACAAGAUGUGGUGUUGGUUCAUUUGCUGGUUAAAUAUAGAUAAUAGUGACUGUUUGUUUGACAAGAGUAGAAUUCGACUGUUUUGGCUUUGUUAAAACAUUUACCUUCUGGAUUCUUGGAUGAGCAUAGUGAUGGCUAUCAUAGCUUUGUA